UGAAAAAAACCCCGAGAGAGAAGUCGUGAAAAUCGUACCGCCGUGCUAGUUUUUGCAGUUUUCCUCGAUAUCCGCUUGAAAAGUCCUCCGUUUGUGCGCAAAAAUGUACGGAUUUAAUCGCCCUCAACCGAGCAGCGGUGGAUUCCACCGUGGGGGAGGCAUGGCUGGAGGCCGUCCCGGAGGUGGCCAGAUGGGCGGCGGAUUCCGUCGUGACGGAGGUGCCGGUGGUUACGGAGGGGGCAGUGGAUCGUCCUUCGAUCGCCAGUCUCAGAAUGGCAAGAAUCUCCGCAACAUCAAAUGGGAGCCGCAGGAUUUAACUCCAUUCGAGAAGAAUUUUUAUCAGCCUUCGGCGACGCUCGUCGGCUUGUCGGAGACGGAAAUCGAGGGAUAUCUGAACAAGCACCAGAUCACACUGAAGGGUCGUGAAGUGCCCCGUCCAAGCAUGGACUUUGAAGAUGGAGGCCUUCCGAGCUACAUCAUGGAAGAGCUGAAGCGACAGGGCUUCAGCAAGCCGACGGCCAUUCAGGCACAGGGCAUGCCGAUUGCAUUGAGCGGCCGCGACAUGGUCGGCAUUGCUCAGACCGGAUCGGGUAAGACACUCGCAUACGUUGUACCGUCGCUGGUGCACAUCCAGCAUCAGGAAAGCAUCCGACGAGGCGAUGGACCGAUCGCAUUGAUCUUGGCACCGACCCGCGAGCUGGCGCAACAGAUCCAGCAGGUGGCUACCGAUUUUGGUUCGCGCGUCAGUGCGAAUAAUACGUGUGUUUUCGGAGGUGCCCCGAAAGGGCCACAGAUCCGUGAUCUGGAGCGAGGUGCCGAAAUCGUCAUCGCCACACCUGGUCGAUUGAUCGAUUUUCUCGAGCGGGGCAUCACGAACUUGAAGCGCUGCACCUAUCUGGUGCUGGACGAGGCCGACCGCAUGCUGGAUAUGGGCUUCGAGCCACAGAUCCGCAAGAUCAUGGGCCAGAUUCGGCCGGAUCGGCAAGUGCUGAUGUGGUCCGCUACCUGGCCCAAGGAGGUGCGCCAGUUGGCCGAAGAGUUUUUGGCCGAUUACAUUCAGAUUAAUAUCGGCUCGUUGAACCUCUCGGCGAACCACAACAUUCUGCAGAUCGUGGAUGUGUGUGAAGACUACGAGAAGGAUCAGAAGCUGAUGAAGCUGCUGACGGAGAUUUCGGCCGAGCCGGACACGAAGACGAUCAUCUUCGUCGAGACGAAGCGUCGCGUCGAUGAUAUUACGCGUAUUGUCAACCGUAACGGAUGGCGUGCGGUGGCCAUUCACGGUGACAAGUCGCAACAGGAACGCGACUACGUGCUCAGUGCGUUCCGCAACGGGCGCCAGGGCAUUCUGGUGGCAACCGAUGUUGCCGCUCGUGGAUUAGAUGUGGAAGACGUAAAGUUCGUAAUCAAUUACGACUAUCCGUCGAAUUCGGAAGAUUACGUGCAUCGGAUUGGUAGAACGGGACGCUCGAACAACACCGGCACCGCCUACACCCUGUUCACCCACUCAAACGCCAACAAAGCCAACGACCUGAUCAACGUUCUGCGCGAGGCGAAUCAGGUCAUUAACCCUCGUCUGGUUGAGCUUGCCAAACCGAAUAUGGGUAAAGGCCGUCAGCGUUACAGCAACAAUCGUUUUGGUGGACAACAGAACCGUCCUCCACGGGAUGGCGGCAUGUACGGCGGUGGUAGCGGUGCUGGUGGUCGGUUCGGAGGUCAGCAGCGAGACAGUGGCGCCCCGAAAUAUGGUGGCGGUGCAGACAAGUACGGUCCUCCCCGCGACAACCGUGCAGCCGCUGCAGCUGCGGUCGCCGCCAUGUACGCUAAUGGAGGGGGUGGUAUGGCCAGUCUCUCCCAGACGCUCAGUGGACUUGGGGCAAGUGCUGGUGGUUUGAAACCCGCCGGUGGUAUAGGUGCUGGACUUGGCGCUCAACGCCAGAGUCGCUUCUCCUCUGCCUCUAGUCCCUCGUCAGCGGCGUCCGCUGCUGUCGCGGCUGCCACUGCGUUCGCAUCCAGCUAUCAUCAAAGCAAAUAUCCCGGUACUACUAGUUCGGGGGCAGGACUAGCAGGAGCGCACCCUGCGGUUGCUGCGGCAAGUAGUGGCGUAGCGUAUGGUACGGCACCUCCUUCCUACAAAACAUCGGCCGGAAGCGAUGCAGCAACGGCAGCGCACCUAUACGGCGGUGGUUAUGCGGCUCGCCCCGCUCCUACCAGUUUGCCGCCGAGUGCCGCGGCAGCAGCGGCUGCCGCAGCUGCCGUUUACCAGUACGCGGCGAACGGGGCAACCCAAGCAUUUGCCUACCCUCCGCCGCAAGUGGUACUGAACUAAGCUAUCAGCAAGAGACAGUUCACCGCGCAACGCAUGAGAAUGGCUCAUCAUCUUUGCUUUUAGUUCUACUCUUUUCUAUGAGAGCAUCAUUUACGCAUAGUUUCAAUGUAUACUAACAAAGAUCCGGUCAAAAGAGUCGAUUAUUACGAUCUCCCAAGAGAGAAUUACGUUAAGAUACUUUUUAUCUAUAACAAUUUAACGGAUGAAUUCCAACAAUGGAGAUCCAAAUGAGAGGCACGUGCGACAUCAUCGUGGUAAUUGGAUAAUCCGGUGAUCCAUUUUUUGUUGCCGUUAACUUGACGGUGAAUACUUUAUUUAUUCCUUCUUUAUUUAGAUAUUAUAAUACGGUGUCGAUGAAAUGGCGUACAAAAAUGGAUAAAAAAAACUAUAUGAUUAUAGUGACAAUUUUCUCAAAUUUUACUUCAUGAAAUGUUAAAAGAAGCUGAGCUCCAUUGGAAUCGUUUGAGAUGGAAAUGCAUAAGAUCAUUUGAUUUGUUUUACCCUUGCUUCUUCUCAUUUGUGUAGCUUACUGAUCAAGAAAAAAGGGAGAAAAGCGAUAUACAGGAUGAUUGAGCUGUUGUAGAAUGGAAAACAGUAAACACUUUUAAUCUGUAAAUAUUCAAAGUAAAGUUAACGAGAGAUUUAAUACCAAAUUCCAUUUUCAUCACUCCCACUUACUAUAAAUUUUCAGUAAAACGUACAUCCUUAGCAGAACAAAAUAGUAUGGUUUAACAUUAAACAUUCGCUUCUAUCUUAAACAUUGGAGUGCUCAAUAGAACUCAAACACAGUUUUGUCCAUGUUGUGAUGAUCGUAACUGCUUGAUGUUGUAGGACAGCAUCAAGACCACAUUAAUAGACCUAACAUGUAAUGAAAACAGGGGCGUCGUUCAAAUUUUAUUCGCAAAAAGAUUGGAAUAUUCUCCCUGAUCAUAAACAGUAGAAAUGUUGACGGGGCGAACAUUCAGAGACAUGUUAACCGUACUCUUCUCAUUGUACAACCUGUGGUGAUAUCGUUUUCAGCAAUGAAAAUAGUAUAUAGUGUUGUAGUGCACUUCAUCAUGUUAUUCUACUUUCGUUUUAAGCUUAAUCUAUAACGAUGAAUUAAUUUGUGGGUGAAACGGAAGUGGAAUUAUGCAAUAAGUAACAGCAAAAUGAGAAACAGCAGAAUUCUCUCAUAUGGUCAAACUGAAAUAGGAAAACUUAGAAAAUCUCUACAGUCGAUGUGUGUGUGAUGUAUGGUAAUAACGUGGACCAUUUUUGUCCGAGCAUCGGAAACUGAUGGACCGUGACUGUAUGCCGUUUAUUUUGAAGUAUCCAAUAAAGAGAAUUUCUUAAACAUAA